AUGCCCGCGCCGCUGCUCUCCGCCGCCGAGUACGAGUCCAUGCCUGAUGCCGUCCGGCGCAAGUAUUUCUCGUCCCUGGAGCGUUUAAGAAUGGAACACGCCGCACACCCUGUUCCGGACAUCAACCGCAUGCCCCGGCGGCCUCAGACCUCGCGCUCCUCCCGGCGCAGCGACAGCCAACCCAGGUCGGAAAGCCGUGGCCGCCGCCGGCUGCGGAAGGCGCACACUGCCGGCGACAUUACCGAGGCGGAGGCUCAAUGGUUUCUCUCCCUUCCGGACAAGGUCAUCAAGUCCUGUAUGAGUCGCGAGGAGGCAAUUCUGCUGGCCGGACGUUGUGAGACCUUUCUGCUGGACUCAGACAGUGCAUCAGACCUGCCCAAGGAUCACGAGACCUCUCCGCUUCCUGUUGAAAAGAGGAGGAGAUCCAGGUCCUCGCAAGGAGACUCCGUGAUCGACGCCUACUUUUCUUCUUCUCGGGAAACCCAGGAACUGCCAGAAGACAUGCCGCCCCCCCAGACACAUUCUCGCCCUAAUACCGGCCACAGGCGAGCCUCUUACCGCAGGACGGUGUCAAUCUCUAAUACCAUUGGACGACUGUCCACGUCUUCUGCUCCGCCUCUCCCUUCUCCUCUGUUCGGUCCCGCCCCGCAAACUAACCAGCGGCCAAGAGCCACCACCACAAACACCGGCUCAUUUCGUUACGGUGGGGAGGUGGAGUCGGAGACCAAAUACUACCAGGACCCGGAAGCCCGCAUGAAGUUACGCCUCUAUCUUGCCUCGCCCCACAAGUUCGAUGAGGUGGUGGAGUAUGGAUUCCCAUUGGACAAGCAGCAUGCCACGCAGCAAUCCACUCCCGAGGGCUCGCCCGAGCCGUCGUCCCGCGCCACCCUCUUCGAGCGCCAAGCCAGCCGCGACCUGCACAACUUCCUCCGGGACGACGCCGUUUCAUUCCUGGACUACAGCGAUAUCGGCGAUGAGUCGGACGAGGAGAGCAGCCUGGCCGACCUCGACACCCCGGACACGCCCGCCGAUCCUGAUGAAAGUUUCCACACGGCGGCGCAGAUCCCCAAGUCCAACUACUCGUCACUGGAUUCGAAUGGCCUACCCACUCUGCAGACUAGAGCCAGGAGGUCACCGGACGUGUAUCCACAAACAUUCCCGAGCAACCGGGAAAUGACACUCCGCAUGACGCUCACGCGGCCGGAUCUGCGCGCCGACGAACAGAUGCUGUACGGCUGGCAGCAGCAACAACAAGCGCCCAAGGAAGCCGAUCCUUUGGCGCUCGAAGAACUCCCGCCGGUGAGCGAGGAUACCACUGGCAUGCAUGGACCCUUCGCCGUCAACCUGAACACCAGACAGGGCAACCUGGUCAGGAAGUUCUUCCACAAAGUCAAAAAGGGCAAGCAGUAG